UAUGGCACGAUUUUCUCAUCCCUACUUCUCACUUAUUUGCACUGAGAAAAUAUCAUUGAGACAAAGAUGAGUUCCAGAGUUUUCCUUCUUCUCGGCCUUCUGGCAGCCAUUGUACUCCUCCUCGCGUCAGACACGGCAGCUCGGGAUUUGGCCGAGACAACCUCUACCGAAAAGAACGAUGCAAAUAGAGUAGAUGACGCCAACGACCCAUUCGGAUAUGGAGGCGGGGGAGGCGGACGUGGUGGUGGUGGCAGGGGAGGCGGAGGUGGUGGUGGUGGUGGUGGGGGAGGCGGACGGGGUGGUGGGGGAGGCAGAGGUGGUGGCGGUGGUGGGGGAGGCGGACGGGGUGGUGGGGGAGGCAGAGGUGGUGGUGGUGGUGGGGGAGGCGGACGUGGGCGGUGCCACUAUGGCUGCUGUGGCGGUGGCUACCACAGGGGGUGCAAGUGCUGCGCUUCUGCUGCUGAGGCUGCUCAGAUGGCGACAGAGGUCAAGCCCCAGAACUAAGGCAAACCGAAGUCCUCGAUCUAAAGAUAAUUAGUCCGUAUACGGAUGUUGUACGUGAGCUCGCCAUGUACACUAGGCUUGCUAUUUUACCGAUAGCUAGCAAUGGUUAAAGUCAUAUGUGCGUCAAUAUAGGUUGGACCAAGUUACUUCUGAAUAAAAUCGUGAAUUUCUAGCUAAA